UUCUUUUUUGUACUUCAAUAUGAACUCGCUGGAAGAAAGUAUAUGACGGCUUUCUGAAUUUCUUUCCCUGCAUAGUUUAGAUAGCACAUAAAAUGGAAACCGGAGGAAAAGAUUCAAAUGAAGAAAUUGUACAGCUUACCCACAAACUGAAAUGUUGUUUUCUGUCACCACGAGAAGAAAAUCACCAAACAUUAAAGUGGUCUGUACUGGACUCUUAUAGGAAAAAAUUGCUUGAAUGUAGUUUUUCCCCAACAAUUACUUCGAGUUACUAUUCAGUUCUGUCAUUGUUACUGGAUUCUCUGAAACCUACGCUGUUGAAUGAUGCUUCAAAAGAAAAACUUUUCGACGAAAUGUUUCUCUGCGGAAUUCAUCACGAGGCUUUCAUGAUUUUAGUGCGCAAAUUAAAUGAAAUUGGGGAAAGUUAUCAACAAGAUAAAGUAAUUGAUUUGUUGCAGAAAUUUAUCAAAUGCUCUAGUAUUGAAUCUAUGUUCAAGUAUCAGUGUGCAAGCAAUAGUGAAUGGGAUUUGAAAUAUGUAUCUGUAUCCAGAAUUUGGGAUGAUUUAAUCACGCUAAUAGUUUCUUUGCCUGAAAGAAUAGCUAACAAGACAAAAGGGAAAAUGAAAAAAAUUUUCUGCACAGAAUUUUAUGUUCCACUUCUGGUCUCAGCAAUUUUGAAAGCCUUAACUUAUGUCCAUGAUAGGCUAAAUGAUUGUCAAGGUUGCAGCCUGGAGUUUCUGAGUAAACUUACUGGUAAACUUUGUGUCCUUGGCCAUGCUGAUAUUAUAGCAAAGAAAAUUUCAACAGAACUCAUUAAAGUUUCAGAAUCUGAUUUUGUUUGGAGAAGAAUAUCUCAGAAAUUCAUCAUUAAAAUGCCUCUUAUAUCAUUAGAAUCUUAUGUCACUAGUUUAUUGCUGGUUAUUCCAUGGUAUGGUUAUGUGGAAUGGAUAAUAGGAAAUGAAGGAAUAGAUAAUGAAAAACUGAAGUACAUAAUGGCAUCUAAAGCAUUAUUUUUAAAGCAUUUUAAGCAGCCAAUUAUUCUUCAUAAUAUUCUUGGAUACUAUGCAAGCUCUAGAAAGCGAGGAGCUCAAUUUGAAAAGAUAGUUGAUGCAUUAUUGAAAUCAUGGUCCGAUCCAAGUGCCUUAAAAUACCAAAGCUUUGAGCAGCAAACAUAUUUAGCUUCUGCAUUAAUGAUAUGUGGAGCAUGGUUAGAAAAGGAACCAAUUUUUUGCAAUAAAGCAUAUCUGCAUUAUGUAAUCAAUGGGACUCAAAUCAGAAUUGGUAAUUCUGAAGAAACUAUUCGCUCUUUAGGAAUGAUUGUUGGAGAAAGUCUUUCAAGCGUCUUGGAUUCUGACACUGUCAAAUUGCAAUUUGAGCAUUCUAAUCCUGCUCUGGUAAGCUCUUUAAUGGAGUUAAAGCAUGUUCCAUCCAAGCCUGAUACUAAUUGCAGCAUUUAUGAAGAUGAUCUAAUAUGUUUUGAAAAGAUGGAGGAGGAACGAAAAAAUUUAGAAGAAUCACUCUCUGAACCUAUCAAGUCGAAAGCAAUUCCAAAUAUUGUAGAAAUUGACAGUGAUGAUGACUUGGAGCCAUAUGAUCUGUCAAAUGAUUUGCCACAAGAAGAAACAAAACGUCCUUUGUAUUUAAGAGACUGCAUGGCUGGUUUGUUUGAACAAGAAAAUGCAGAUUGGGCUGAACAAUGUUUAAAAUGUGCAGAAAGUUUAAUUAAAGCAAAUGGAGAUGUUGUUCAUGAAGUUGCUGUAGAAAUGGCAAAAAUUUUGCUGCAUUUAGAUGACAAAUUUGCUAUUCCUGACUUCAUUGGAUUAAGACACAGAGCAUUAAUUGCUCUUAUCACACAUUGUCCUGUUUUGGUAGCUGAUUAUCUUACAUCUCAAUUUUAUGAAAGAGAUUACAAUAUCAGACAACGUUUAGACAUUCUGGAGGUUCUUGCAGCUGGUAGUCAACAAUUAUCUUUUUUGAAAGUCAAAGUGGCAGCUUCUGAGCCUCAGUAUGUGAAAGAUAAAUUUGAAAUUGACAUUGAAGAACACUGGAGGUCGAUCAUUGAUAAAAGAGUAGAAGCUAAAACUAGAUAUAUUACAAAGAAAAAAAAAGCUCCUGUUCCUGAAGCUCAGGAAAAUAAGUUUUCUUCUGUUGCUGGACAUUUCUUUUUCCCAUUAAUGGAAAAGUAUGAUAAGGAAAACCAGAUGCUUAAACUGUUUGGCGAAGAUACUUAUGUUUUAGGAAGAUUAACUUAUACAUUAGGAAUCAUAAUGCACAGUGCUGCUAACCUUCCACUUGCACAACAAAUGGGUUUGUCAUUGUUGCAGUUUCUGCUUUCCUUGAAGUGCUCUGAUAUAUUUGUGCGUCAAGCUUGCAUAUUUGCUAUGGCAACUAUUUAUACCAGUGUACCUGGAUAUCUUUUGUGCUCAGAGAUGCUAUUCCAGGUUAUGGAAAGUGUCAAAUGGUUAAAAAAUAUUGUUGACAAUGAUAUUGAUGUUAACUGCCAAAUGAAAGCUUCACAUGCUCUUGGAAUGAUUCUGGCAAUUGUAACAGAGGAGAUGCCGUUGACAUCAUUGCUUCCAAAUAUGUAAUUUUUAAUUUUUGUAAAUUGUGUAAAUAAAAGAAAAUAUUUUAUGC